AAAAAAUUAUAUAUGUGAUUUAAUUGAAAUGGAUACCUUUUAUACAGAGCUUUUGAUCCUUAUGCAUUGUUGUCUUGUACAAAGUGACAUAGCCUACAAAUCUUUAUUUUAUCGGAUGCCAAAACUAAGGAUGGCUGCACUUCCAAUCACAACUUUAAACAAUGUCAGUGUUGAGGCAUGCGCGAGAUCAUGCGUCCAAGAGAGUACCUUCGACUGCCAAUCGUUUGAUAUGGACAAUAAGCUUCAAUCGUGUAGAUUACAUAAUAACACUCACGAGAGCGAUGAUAUGUCUCUCAUUGUGUCAAAAAACACAGAUCACUAUAGAACAUACUUCGAGGGAUUAUUCAACCGUCUUCCAAAUCACAUAUUGACCUUUGACCAUAAGCGUCAGAUAUCCGAAAUCAGCGUGGAACAGUGUGCCAGAAGGUGUGUCCUUGAGGCGACCUUCAGAUGUCUAGGGUUUGACUACGAGGUUAAACUUAAGAAUUGUUGGUUGACAGACAUCCUGCCGCCUGCUUCCCGUGGACUAAUUCCACAAGUCAACACGGACUACUAUGAGCGACAGUCUAAUGGUCCUCUUGAAUACUUUAUAAACUUUGGAUAUGGUAGCUUGCAGCAAUUAGAGGGAGAACAGAUAUAUCACAAAACUGUGAUGGGUGUCUCUCUUGUCGCUUGUGCACAUCUUUGUCUCGCAGAAAACUCAUUCAAAUGCACAAGUUUUGAUUACGUUUUUGACGACAAAUCUUGUUACUUGAGCAUGUACAUCGCAGCCAAUGUCUACGGAUUGGUGACAUCACGAUCAGACGACAAAAAUGUUGUACAUUACGAGUUCAAAGACGAUUAUCUCCGACGCUUUUACCCCACUCCAUACUCUGCAAUACUGGGACACAACGAGAAAACUGUCUCUGGAAUCACACCUAGUGCAUGUGCCCGAAAAUGUUUGGAGGAAAACAUUUUUAUCUGCAGAUCUUUCGAUUAUCAGGUUCAAGAGGGAACAUGUUUACUAAGCACCAAAACCGGAAGUGAUGUGGGUGGCUUAAUUUCACAGGGAAUAUCCCAAGUGCACCAUUUUGAAAUGAAACCAUAUUUAGAUUGCGGCGGACACUUGAAAACUAAUUCUGGGUAUUUAGCCUCUCCUAAUUGGCCAAGGAAUUAUGAACAUAAUCUUAAUUGUUCAUGGACAAUUACGGUUCCCAAGUUUAAGAUUAUUAAAAUUUCAUUUACACAUCUGAAACUUUUUAAAGAAUCUCUAAAAAGUUGCACUCAAAACUCGGAUAGACUUCUUAUUGUGGAUAAACAACAAGUGACUUGCUUAGAAAAUAAUGUUCGGGAAUUCAUAAGCCAAUCAAAUGUCAUUAUCAUUUCAUUCAUAACCAAUGAUAAAGGAGAUGCACCUGGAUUUAGACUGCAGUACAAAACAGACUGGGCUUGUGGAGGACACUUUACAGACCCGUAUGGAGAAAUAUCCUCCCCUGGCUGGCCCAUGGGGUAUCUACCGUCACAGAAUUGUACGUGGGAAAUUGAAGCGCCGCCUAGUGUCCGAAUUUAUCUAUCAUUCGUGAAAGUGGAUUUAGAGGAACAUAUCAAAAGAUCAUGCCAUUCCUCUUAUGACGUCAUUGAAAUAUCCGAAGAAUCUGUAAAUUCUUCUACUUUCUUGUGUGGGAAAUAUGAUCAUUUCACUUACAAUUCUACAGGAAAUAUACUGUACAUACAGUUUAUAUCCGACAGCAGAGUAGAAAAAUCUGGGUUUCACGCAUUCUAUACAUUCGUAUACAACAAACUGUUAAGUAAAUCUAAUUCUACCCCAACAGAAAUCUACGAUUAUAAUUUUACGUAUAAAUUAGAAUUACUAGCGACUGAUAGACCAGAAAAUGGUAAUUAUUCAAGUAAUGAAAUUUCUGAGGGAAGCCCUGGUGUCCACUAUAUUGAUUUUCACCUGCAACCAACAGCAGAAACGCCAAUAGGAAAAUCAAAUUUUACAUUACAGACAGAACGACUUCCGGAAAUAUUUAGAAUAGAGAAGGAUUUACAUUUGGUGAUUGUAAUCCUAGCUAUUGCUUUCUCUUUGGUGCUGGCAGUUCUGUUAAGUGUGAUAUAUCUCACCUGUAGAUAUUUCAGAAGGUUGCAUCAAAAGGAAAGUCAACAAAAAGGCCCACUAUAUCUCUUCAAUGACGAUGACAGUUCAAUUUAUGAAAAAGACAAUAUAAUGAACGGAGAGACAGAAAAGGGGCGAGAGAGAGAUUCGGAGAAUCAACCAAGUCUCGCAGACGUCUCUUUUAUUAAUCCCACAUAUGACGGAAGCAGCCGACAAUUGCUACUCCCAAGUUGCACCAGCAUACCGUCUGCAGUAAAUAGUUGAGCGGGAAUUGUUUGGAUUUUAUCAGACUGUGGAAGAAUUUGUCGAUUAAUUCAAAAUACCGAUGGGAAAUCUUCCAGAAUCCUGCCAAAAUAAAGACAGACGCACACAGAAUUUAUGGUUGCGAGUUGUUUAGUGUCCACUGCGGAGAGUCAUUAAGACCAGACAUUGACAUUGUUGACCGGUUUGACGUCACCAACAACAAAGAGUCUCCAACUUUUACCAUAUCGAUGAUAUCUCAGGAACUUUAGCAGUAAAAUAUAUUUUUUAAUGAGAAAGUUGUGAAACUGCUGUUUUAGCAUAUCGACCAAAUCUUUAUAAUUAUAAAUACUAGAACGAAUUUGUUUUUGUAAUGCUUCAUGACAGCAUAAAAUCCGUUAGACUACUGCACAUGUAGGUAUAUAAAGUUAUAUCUGAUUAAUUGUUUUAGCUCCAA